AUGUUGACACUGCUUCUGUUCUACCAAGUUUUCACUAUUUAUGCUGUGAACUUGACAAAGUCAGCAAAAGUAACAGGAAACAAGUCUGUUGCUCUGAAUGAUUAUCCUGACUAUGAUAGUAACAUCUGGGGAAUGGGCACUGUACCGAGCAAUCGGCCACUUCCAGCACCAGAAGAGUUCGAACUGCCUGGUAGAUCACGUUUUGGGGUCAAGCGGUAUCCACAGCUAAUUCGAAAUACAGAAAACAUGGGGAAUCCAGUGAAAUUUCCUUUACCGAAUGGAGGCUAUCCGGAUACCGCCCCUUCUUUCCGAAAUUUCAAUGGGAUGGGAUUAGGAGUUGCAAGAAUGAGGGGUCGCAAUCAAGUACAGCCCAUAAUGAACAGAAAUCAGAACACAGCAUACCAAGGAUAUCCUUCUUCGCCAUUAGGAUAUUCAUAUGCCGGUUAUAUUGAUCGACAAGCUCGUCGUUAUCCGAUCAUGAUGUACACAUUGGUUCAAUGUGUUCCUUGUCAGAGAGCAAAACAUUUAUUGGCUGUUAGUUAUAGCGACGUUGCUGCUCAUUUCUUAGAAUUAGUCGGGGAUGAAGAUUGGCAGAGGCAGCUGCAAGUAGAUCUGCAACAGAUCACAGGUCAAGUCACAUUCCCAUACAUAUUCAUCUGCGGACAACAUAUAGGCGGCUACUCAGAUCUUUUUGGACUCCAUCAGAGCGGACAGCUCAGAACGAUGCUCAAUAAUUGUGCGCCUAGACAGUGA